CCAAAGAAACCUCGCAAAUCAUUAUGAAGAAGGGGAACGAGUGUUCGUCAGCAUUGUUUGCAGGGAGAAGCGAGCGAUGCGAUGUCGAUCAUUUGCAAUUCCACCUGAAUCCCACAAUUGUAAUAGAAUCGAUAACCCAAACCCUGUUCGUGUGAAUGCAAAUCACAUACUCGUUGACUGUAAUUCAUCGUCUCUUUCACACAAAUCCCUUCUUUCUCCUCCUCCUCCUCCUCCUUCUUUUUCUUCUUCAUUUUCGUUUUUCUCCCAUUACGCCUCGUCCCGUUGCCUUCCAACUCAACCCCAUCUCAGAAUCAUUGCGCUUCUUGGGGGUCGUUUUCGGAGAUUUGAUUCCAACUGUUGGUUUAUGGUGAUGAGAAAUUGUGUGUUAGAUGGCCGACUCCAGGAAAUAUGUUCCCUUUCAGCAUUUAGAUUUACUACAAAUACUACAAGAAGCACAGAAUCGGUGGCUUCGGCCAGCUGAAAUAUGUGAAAUUCUUCGAAACUACAGAAAGUUUCAAUUAGCACCAGAUCCUCCAGUUCGGCCUCCAGCUGGAUCCUUGUUCCUUUUUGAUCGCAAAGCACUUAGAUAUUUUCGUAAAGAUGGUCAUAGAUGGAGGAAGAAGAAAGAUGGAAAAACUGUCAAAGAAGCACAUGAAAAGCUGAAGGCUGGAAGCGUGGAUGUUCUACAUUGUUACUAUGCACAUGGUGAGGACAAUGAGAACUUCCAGCGAAGAAGUUAUUGGAUGCUUGAUGGGCAAUUGGAGCAUAUUGUCCUCGUGCAUUACAGAGAAGUAAAGGAGGGAUGCAAAUCUGGCAUCUCUCGUGUGUCAGUUGGUCCAGGGUUGCAGGCUGAAGGUUGUCUAGGUGGUUCAACACCCGUCUUUUUGCAGGAAACAUCACUUGUUGGCUCAGCUCAGACUUCACGUCCUUUAAAUCUUAGUCAAACAGUGCACUCAGGAAAUGGGAUUGCGGAUUCCAGUGCUAGGAAUGACUUUGGAGUCUCUUCUCAUGUUCAUCAAGUUUUUAAAUCCAGCAUUCCUCCUGCAUCUUUCCCUGCAGGUGAUGUUUCAGAAAAGAGUGUGCUUCAGUGGUCAAGGGGUGGAACUCUUCUUAUUGGCGACCAGGGUUCGUAUCUUCCGAGAGGAUCAUCUGAUUUAUAUGGACAAGAAAUCGCGAUUAUUCAAUCUGCCACAACUGAUUCCAUUACGCAUAAGUUAACAGAUACUAGAUUGGCUUCUAGGGGCUUAGUAAAAAAUAUGGUGAAUAGUGAAAGUGGCUUGAUUACUGAUGCAAAAGUACCUGCCGUAAAAGCAGUCUAUCAGAGAAUUGUUCAGGUAGAAAAGACGUCCAAUGAUAAUUUGGACCUUGAAGGUUUUGGAGAACUCAGAAAACUUGACAGUUUUGGCAGAUGGAUGGAUAAGGAAAUUGGAAGACAUUGUGAUGAUACUUUGAUGACUUUGGACUCUGGUAACUAUUGGUGUGGACUGAAUGCUGGAAAUGAUGAGAAGGAUGUAUCCAGUUUAUCACAUCACAUGCAGCUGGAUGUUGAUUCACUUGGGCCUUCUCUUUCCCAAGAACAGUUAUUCAGUAUUUCCGAUUUUUCCCCAGAUUGGACAUAUUCUGGUAAUGUAACAAAGGUCCUAAUAGUUGGCUCGUUUUUGGGAAGCAAAAAACCUUCUGUAGAAACUCAGUGGGGAUGCAUGUUUGGUGAAGUUGAGGUUUCUGCAGAAGUUCUGACGAACAAUGUGCUUCGAUGCCAAACUCCUCCUUUGCAUGCUCUUGGGCGUAUCCCCUUCUACGUGACGUGCUGUAAUAGGCUAGCCUGCAGUGAGGUGAGAGAGUUUGAAUAUCGUGAGAAGCCACCAACCCUUUCAGUACCUAAUGCUACCAAGUGUGCACCAGAGGACGAAGUAUGGUUUCAAAUGCGUCUGAUAAGGUUAUUGAAUUUAGGUUUAGAGGCAAAGUGGUCGAAUUGCUCUAUUAAAAAAUGUGAGAAAUGCCAAAUCAUAGAUUUGAUAAAUUCAUCCAGAAGUGAUAUUGCAAAAUGGAGAAUGACAGAAGGGAUUCCUAAUCCAUUAAAAAGUGACGGAAUGAACCAUAGGAAUUUUAUGAUCCAAACUUUACUGGAGGACAAACUUUGCGAGUGGCUAGCUUGCAAGGUGCACGAUGGAACUACGGGAACACAUGUUUUGGAUGAUGAGGGCCUAGGUGUCAUACAUUUGGCAGCUGCUCUUGGCUACGCGUGGGCCAUAGGACCAAUACUUGCUUCUGGGCUCAGUCCAAACUUCAGAGAUUCAAAUGGAAGAACAGCUCUUCACUGGGCAUCUUACUAUGGGAGGGAAGAGACCGUUACUACACUGGUUAGGUUAGGCACUUCUCCGGGUGCCGUGGAUGACCCAACUUCAGGAUUUCCACAAGGAAAAACUGCCGCUGAUUUGGCAUCAAGUAGAGGGUAUAAGGGUAUUGCUGGAUAUUUGGCUGAAGCUGAUCUGACAGAACGUUUGUGUACCUUGACUGAUGGUGAAAAUUUUAAGGACAACGUCAAAGAAAAUGUUGACAAUGAUGAGACUAUUCAGACUGCAGAUGUUGUACCCUCACAAUUGGCAGACGAUGAACUACUUUCCCUUAAAGGCUCUCUCGCUGCUGUCAGGAAGUCUGUUCACGCUGUUGCCUUAAUACAUACUGCUUUCCGUGCCCGUUCAUUUCGUCAUAAACAGUUAAUGGAAAGUGACAAGGGGAUGAUACAUGAAGAUUCAGCUGACUUGGUAGCUCUUGGCAUUUUAAACAAGGCUGAAAAAAUUCACUAUGAGGAUUAUUUACACGUUGCAGCUGUGAGAAUACAACAAAAUUAUCGUGGCUGGAAGGGAAGAAGAGAAUUUUUGAAGAUAAGAAACCGAAUCGUAAAAAUCCAGGCUCAUGUGAGAGGAUAUCAAGUUCGUAAACAAUAUAGAAAGGUCAUUUGGUCUGUUAGUAUUGUAGAAAAGGCAAUUCUACGCUGGAGGCGGAAGAGAGUUGGUCUGCGAGGGUUCAAGGCUGAAGGGGCAACUGGGGAAGUUGUUACCCCACAUCCAAAGGUGGAGAAAAGUGAUGAAUACGAGUUUCUACGAAUCGGCCGCCAGCUUAAAUAUGCUGAUGUCGAAAAGGCUCUAUCCAGAGUCAAGUCCAUGGCUCGUUCUCCAGAGGCUCGGCAUCAAUAUAUGAGAAUGGUAGCAAACUUCAACAAAUUUAAGAUAAAUAAUGAAGAAACCAGUGCUUCAAAUCAAGGUGGGAGUUUACAAGAAAUCCACAAGGAAAAGCAUUUGCCUUCAUUUGCAACUUGAUCAAUGAUUAUUCUGCCAUCAGGUUACAGUUUACACAUCUGUAAAUGUCAUUUUUAGCCUGUUAGUAUUUGUAGGAAAAUACUGACUAAGUUUCUUUUCCUCUCCUUUUUUGGUCACUUUAAAUGUAAAUAACUCAAAUUUUGUAAUGUUUUUGGAAGAAAAAAAGAUUAAGUUCUUUAAUUCCUUUC